AUGGCCAACAAGGCUAAUUUAGAAUCUCUUGAUUUAUUACUACAAGAUCUAUGUGAAAACACACUGCUUUUUGGUGGAAAGAUGGUUGUUCUAGGAGGGGAUUUUCGGCAGGUGUUACCAGUAGUCCCUCAUAAGUCACAAAAACAAGCUGUUGAAUCAAGUAAUGGUGAAUUACAGAAAAGUGAAAACGAAUUUGUCAGACUACCUGAGGGAAUGGUUCAUCAUCUGGUUGCUGGGGAGGAUCCUAUUAUAAAAAUCGUAAGUGCAACAUUUCCUGAACUCAAUGAUGGCAAUAUGACUCCUGAUAUUUUUACAGAUAGGGCUAUUCUAACACCUUUAAAUGAUGAUGUUGAUUUGGUGAAUUCUGCUCUAAUAAACCAGUUUGCUAGAGAAUCAGUUGUUUACGAGAGUUUUGAUAUAAUGUUAUAUGAUACAUGCAACAUCUAUCCCACGGAAUUUAUCAAUAAAUUGUGUCCCGGAGGAAUGAGUCCUCAUGAACUUGUUCUUAAAAAAGACUGUCUGGUGAUACUAUUACGUAAUUUAAUGCCUUCUUCUGGUGGUAAUUACCCUUUUCUUUCCGAAAGGAAACAAUUUCCUAUUAAAUUAAGCUUUGCUAUGACAAUUAACAAGUCAGAAGGGCAGACUCUCAACAGCGUAUUGUUGUAUCUUCCUCGAUCAUGUUUCUCACAUGGUCAGCUCUAUGUAGCGCUGUCUCAGGCUAAGAAGGCCAAAAAUGUUGUGGUCUAUACCACAAAGGCUCCUGAAGGUUACCAUCCAGAUUCUACCAGUGUAUCAGAUAAUUACAGCAUUGCAAAAAAACCAGAGUUACCUAGAGUGAAGAGUGUUGCUCAGAAAAAGUUACGCUAUGCGUUGUCUGAGGACAAUGAAACUGAUCAGGAUGAAACCCCCGACACACCAGCACAUAACACUGCUAUUGAUGAAGUCCUUUCAACUCAAGAUCAGUCUAGUAAACCAACUACUGACCAGAACUUGGAUGCUGAACCUUAA